GAGCGUGACCGGAGGAGGUGGGAACCAAGGACCGGCGCGUUCUCCUUGCCUUUUGGGGUCGUGGCCUUGCUCCCGCUCUGCGAGGCACGCGUCCGGGCACGUCCACGCGCGUCUGUGCGCGUGGGGCCUCAAGUGCUCCUGGGUCCACGCUAGGACUCUGCGGGGAGAGAAGAAACCAUGGGCGGGACCUCCAGCACCCGCCGGGUCACCUUCGAGGCGGACGAGAACGAGAACAUAACCGUGGUGAAGGGCAUCCGGCUUUCGGAAAAUGUGAUUGAUCGGAUGAAGGAAACGUCUCCGUCAGGCUCGAAGUCUCCGCGGUAUUCUGGUGCUUAUGGUGCAGCAGUGUCCAAUGAAGAAUUGAAAAGAAGAGUAGCUGAAGAGCUGGCACUGGAGCAAGCCAAGAAGGAAUCUGAAAAUCAGAAACGACUAAAGCACGGCAAAGAACUAGACCGCGAGAGGGCCCUUGCCAAUGAGCAGUUAACCAGAGCUAUUCUUCGAGAGAGGGUAUCAAGUGAGGAGGAGCGCGCUAAGGCAAAGCACCUGGCUAAGCUGCUGGAGGAGAAAGAUCGCGUGAUAAAGAGACAGGAUGCAUUCUACAAAGAGCAGCUGGCUAGGCUGGAGGAGAGGAGCUCAGAGUUCUACAAAGUCACCACUGAACAAUAUCAGAAAGCUGCUGAAGAGGUGGAAGCAAAGUUCAAGCGGUAUGAGGUUCAUCCGGUUUGUGCGGAUCUGCAGGCCAAAAUCCUCCAGUGUUACCGCCAGAAUGCCCAGCAGACCCUCAGCUGCUCUGCCCUGGCCAACCAGUACAUGCGCUGUGUCAACCAGGCCAAACAGAGCAUGAUUGAGAAGGGAGGAUAAAACCAACUCCUAGAACAACCAAAACUCCUUCGACGUUAAUUCCAGAGAUGGAACAGUUUUUUUUCCUAGUGAGAGAGUAACCUAUUUAAAGAGAAGACCGCUAAAGAGAAGUGCAGACUCGACAGAAGCACAUCACAGUUUGAUCAACAACGAUUUGAAACGCCAAGGCUUAGACCUGGAAUCAGCCAUGAAGGACCCACUGAGGUGUUAAUAAACCCCAAACAUGAUGACAAAAAGAGAAAGGCAGCCCUCUCCGCCUUUCAUACUUUCUAUUCAGUUUUCUCUUCUAACCGAGCUCCAUCGUUCGGUGGCCUCCCCUCCAGCAAGGCUUGGGGUUGGGAUCGAGGAUGCAGGCAUUGGAGCGGGGAGCGGAGAGGGCAGCAUGCCCGUGUCUCAGGCUGGCAGUGCUGGGUGGAAUUGUCCAGACUGCAGCACAUUGGGUUUCUCUCUAUUUCUUUUCUCCCUUGACUCUGUAAGAGCUAUUUCAUUAUAACUUAUGGCGAUCAUGUAAGAAGACAAAAGGGAGACGAAAUGUACCUCUUUUACUGGAAUAAUGUUUAUGUUUAUCAGUGAAAUAAGGCAUUUUCUUUUUACCAACAUAAAGGCAACCUUGGCUUGUACAACCACUUCUCUAUCAUGAAUACUGACAUCUUGACUUCACUCACUAUCAAUAAUAAAUAUAUUUUCUGAUGAAGG